CUCCCGGAAAGAUCUUCAUUCCUUCCGCGCCGAAAACGACGGCGAGCCACCCCGAGACCGCGUCAGCCCGCUGCCCCCCACCCGCACGUCACUCCGCCCAAGCGUCCCGGCCGGCGCCUUGACUCCACGCCCGCCGUCGCCAUCGCCCCCGCAGCUGUUGCUCGCUCGCUCCCACUCCCACACAAGAACGACACGACGACCGCCCUGCCCAGACACCGACGCCACGGUCUCUCUCUCCCUCCUCUCUGACCCCUUCUCCUCUCCGCACCGGCUUAUAAUGCGCGCUCGGUGGAGCCGAGGAGCUUAACUGGCUUCUGGCGGAGUGGAGCGGGGAUGAUGAUGGACCUGGGCGCCGCGCGCGCGACGCCGCCGUCGGCGCAGGAGGCGGCCGAGGCCGCCGUGCGCGCGGUCGGCUGCGGCUACGACCUCGCCGACGACCUGCGCCUCUUCCGCGCCAAGGACCGGCUGCUCGACCUCGGCGGCGGGGGCGCGGGCGGCGAGCGGGACCUGUGCCUGCCGGGCGGGGCCGUGGUGGCCGGCGCGCCCGCGGGGGUCGUCGCCGACAAGGGCGAGCGCGCGCGGUUCCGCUCCGACGUGCUGUCCUUCGCGCAGAUGGCGGAGCACGUGAACCAGUCGCUGUCGCUCACGGGCAAGAUCCCCUCGGGCCCCUUCAACGCCAUGUUCGACUACCGCGGCUGCUGGCACCGGGACGCCGCCGCCACGCGCAGCCUCUGCUUCGACGCCCGCCUCGUCGAGCUCUACGCCGUCGAGGCCCCCCGCGGCGCGCGCCUCGCCCUCCGCGGCCACGUCGCCCGCGACGUCCCGACCUCCUGGGACCCCCCGGCGCUCGCCGCCUUCAUCGACACGCACGGCACCCACGUCGUCGUCGGGGUCCGGAUGGGGGGCAAGGACGUCGUCUGCGUCAAGCAGCUCAGGGGCUCCGCCCUCGAGCCGCGCGACGUGCAGGCCCGCCUCAAGAAGCUCGCCGACGCCACCUUCUCCCAGUCCCAGUCGCAGGACCGACGGCAGAGCUCCGCCGGCGCCAAGGGCCGCGGGUCGUCGUCGCGGAGACCUCCCGGCCCCGGCUCCGCUGCCUGGCGCGCCUUCAGGUCGCCGGUCAUCCACAACAAGGACGAUGUCGUCGGCAUCCACGUCAGGCGAGGCGGCGUCGACGACGGGCAGGGCCACGACGAGUGGCUCGCCACCGUCGCCGCCUCGCCGGACGUCAUCUCCAUGGCCUUCGUGCCCAUCACCUCCCUGCUCACCGGCGUCCCCGGCCGCGGCUUCCUCAACCACGCCGUCAAUCUCUACCUCAGAUACAAGCCGCCCAUAGAGGAGCUGGAGCAGUUCCUGGAGUUCCAGGUGCCGCGGCAGUGGGCGCCGGAGUUCGGCGAGCUGCCGCUGGCUCUCGGCCCGCAGAGGAAGAAGAAGAAGGACAGCCUGCCGUCGCUCCAGUUCACGCUCAUGGGGCCCAAGCUCCGGGUCAACACGGCCAAGGUGGACUCCGGGGGGCGGCCGGUGACGGGCAUCCGGCUGUUCCUGGAGGGCAAGAAGAACAGCCGGCUGGGCGUGCACCUGCAGCACCUGUCGGCGACGCCGCGCGCGGUCCCCAUCGUCGUCGGCGAGGCGGUCACCACCGCCGCCGGGUACGCCGUGAACGAGCGCGCCUACUUCGAGCCCGUGAGGUCGUCGCUGCUGACGCACGCGUGCACGGCGCCGGUGCAGCACGCCGGCGCGCGCAUCGACGACUGCGCGGCCGUGGUGACCGCGGCCUGGCUGGAGGUGCGCGAGGCGUGCCUCAAGAAGGUGCUGUUCCUACGUCUCGGCUUCUCCGGCGUGGCGCGGACCAAGAUACGGCGGUCGGAGUGGGACGGCCCGCUGGCCACGACCCGCAAGUCGGGCUCGCUGUCGGCGAUGCUCAGCGCGGCGCUGUCGGGCACCGCCGCCGCCGUGCCGCCGCAGGGGGAGCCGAUGGAGGGGAAGGUGGAGGUGAACUCGGCCGUGUUCCCCAAGGGCCCGCCGGUGCCGCUGCCCGUGCAGAAGAUGGCGAAGUACAUCGACACGACGGAGGUGACGAGGGGCCCCGACGACCUGCCGGGGUACUGGGUGGUCACCGGCGCCAAGCUCUGCGUGGAAGGCGGCAAGGUGGCGCUCAAGGCCAAGUACUCGCUGCUCAUCUCGGCGCCGGAGGACGACGAGGUUUGAAUCAGCUGUGCAUAUCGUGUACAGACUACAGAGUGCGCACACACAUCAAGAGGUGGUACAGACUGUAGAUUAGAGAGUGCUUGUCAAUUCUUGUAAAUCAGGACCAGUUAGCUGUGAGAUGUUGAAAUUUGUCAAAAAUAGAAAAUAGAAACUACACAUUUUAAGCA